GCAAGAAGGCUAUUAAAGGUGAGGUGAUCGCAUGAUUACGCAAGAUGACAGUCUACAGCGGUAUCAUCGCGUACUAUUACGGAAUUAGUAACGACGAGAGAGAGAGCUCAGCGUGAUGUUGGCGAAUCGGUUCCAAGUAACGCGAUCGAGGUGACAUCGUCGCGAGAAGCCGUCAUCAUCGAUGGAAACGGACGGAACGUCCCGUUCCUCGGCCAGUAGGAGCUGGCAGCGUGGAAGUUAUCGGGGCCGAAGCGGAAGAGGGCGGAAACGCAAGCGGAAGCCGUGGGGUGAGCGGAUCGUCGACUGGACUAGGGCACUGAUAGCCUUCCUCUUCAGUAACGUCGGCAUCGUGUGUCUGGUAGUGGGAUACACUAUAGCGGGCGCCUUUCUAUUCACCUAUAUCGAGGGUAAAAUCAGCUUGGAUGUCGCCGGCGAUGUUAUCAAGCUAAGAAAUCAAACGGCCGCCAAUCUUUGGGAGUUUACUUCCAAGGAAAAUGUUUUUUCGGAAAAACUCUGGAAGGCAAAGGUGAGAGAUAUUCUCGAAAGUUACCAGAGCGACGUAGUUAAAGCUAUAAAAAGUGGGUACGAUGGCAGGGAGGAAAACAAGUGGACCUUUGCCGGUGCUUUUCUGUAUUCUCUUACAGUGAUAACGACAAUUGGUUACGGCAACAUUUGUCCCAGGACGAAAUGGGGCAAAGUCGUGACUAUAGUGUACGCAAUAAUAGGAAUGCCGCUUUUCCUUCUCUACCUCAGCAAUAUCGGUGACAUUCUGGCCAGAAGCUUCAAGUGGACCUACGCCCGCUGUUGCUUGUGCAAAUGUCGAAGAAGACAGUACGGUAACGCGGCAAGCGCAAGAUCGUCGGAGAUAUCGAAUGAUCUGACUGCGAAAAGAGAUCGGUGGCAGGUUGUAAGCACAUAUGGCGAGGAAAUAGAUACGUCGAGUUUGGAUGUAGAAGAAACUUUGCCUAGAGACCACGAUAAUGGCGGCGUUGAUGAAGGCGAUGUCAACGACGAAGAUGAUGACGAGAGUGACAGCUACGAUCCUCAACAUGUGACGGUGCCGUUAACUCUCUGUCUCGCUAUUAUGGCAGGGUAUAUUUGGGGCGGUGCAGUGCUAUUUUCGAUAUGGGAGAAUUGGAAUAUGUUAGAUGGUUCUUACUUCUGCUUCGUCUCUUUGUCGACCAUAGGUUUCGGCGACUUCGUACCUGGUGAUAAGAUUUACUCUGGGCAAGGCCUCGAUUUGUCUUUCAUCAUCUGUUCUAUGUACCUGAUGCUCGGAAUGGCGUUAAUUGCUAUGUGUUUUAAUCUCAUGCAAGAGGAAGUAAUCGCGAAGAUACGCAACUUGAUACGUAUCGUCAAGUACAUAUUCAGAUGUGAAAGAUGACAAACGAGUUUUCAUCGUGAUUCUGUAUCACCACGAUAAUUGAAUUGCAUUUCUAGAAUUUCUCGUUUAUACGUUUAUCGAAUUAUUUGUCGAAGCGAACAU